UUCUCAGCCCGACUGGACGGUGUGAAGACAUACAUGGCGCUGCGACGCGUGCCGCUCAAACUUCAGGACCGGGUCAUCAAAUGGUUUGACUACCUCUGGAUGUGCAACAAGUCCGCGGACGAGGAGAAAUCGCUGAGUCUUCUCCCCGACAAGCUGAAGGUACAUGGCGAUGAAAGUGAAACACUAGCUUAAAUUAAAAAUUGGUCAGUGAUAGCCCAGGCUCAUGUCUGCUGAGAGACAGGGCUCGCCAGAGUAGACGGGGGAGUUUGAUGCCCAGUAAGUUUUUGACGUCUACUAGCGUCUAUAUUUGGUUCGUCAAACUUUACGUUCGGGAGUUGAGAAUCGAGUUGAUGGCAUCGACAUUAGAGGGCCGCCGAACUCUCGUUUUUCGGCGUCGAAAGUUGCCACUUGAUCACCUACGGCGUAGUUUUUGGUUUCUUUGGUAACAGUUACGUUAACUUUCGGUGUAGUUACGGUUUUCGGUCGAAAGAGACUGAGGCUUUCGGUCGUCUACCAGAAGUCAGGCUGUCACUCUGUCUGUCUGUCGGCCGCCAGACCGAUCUUCAUUAUUGCUCCACGUCUCGCUGUCAUCGUAUGAUAGAUGGCUAAUCCUGCAUUACGUUUUUGGUUUCGGCUUUUAUUUCGGCUUUUAUUUCGGCUUGAAAAUCAUGUUUCACUUUUUUUUUGUUUCGGCUAGGGCCGAAGUCUGCAAAUCACAAAUUUGGUCGGUCUCUAAUAUAAAUCAUAAAUUUUCUAUGAGAAUCUAAAAAAUAUUGUAGAGAAAAUAUUUAGGGAUAAGAAAUACGUGUAAUUUCAUCUUUGAUUCUUGAUAAAAAUGGAAUGAACACGAUAGGCAAGAAUCUACCAAUGUAUGAUUCAGUAUUGUUUCAGUGAUUGUCAGCCGUGGCUGGUAUGAUUGGUUUGGCAGCUGUGGCUGGUAUGAUUGUUUUUGGCAGCCGUGGCUGGUACGAUUGUUUUUGGCAGCCGUGGCUGGUAUGAUUGUCUUUUAAAUCUAUAUAUAUAUACAGUUUUAAUGAAUUGUAUCAUCCUUAAGGCUUCCUUAAUUGCCACACAUUUCUUUAAAUAUUAAUGUUUAUUAUGCUGUUUCUGUAACCGGUUGGGGGAGGGGGGCAUUUGACGGGUGGGGGAUGGGGGUGGUGUAGAGGCGCGUCCCAAUGAGAAUCAUAAUAUCUUGAGCAAAUUACUUUUUUUUUCCUUUUUUUUUUUCAAAAUUACCUGCAUGACAAAUGAAUGCCUUAUAUCCCAGGCAGAGAUAGCCAUACACGUCCACCUGGACACACUGAAGAGGGUAGAAAUCUUUCAGGCCACAGAGGCCGGUUUCCUGUGCGAGCUGGUGCUGAGGCUGCGACCGGUGCUGUUCUCACCUGGCGAUUACAUUUGUAGAAAAGGUCUGUACGCCUUUACUUUUUUUUCUCUUCAAGUAUUAUUAAUAAAUGUUUGAUAUUGGAGUGAUGAGAGUACUAUUGAUAUUUGGGAGAUUAAAGUACGUUAUGGUAUUUGGGAGGUUAAAGCACUAUUGAUAUUUGAGUGAUUAAAGUACUAUUAAUAUUUGAGUGAUUAGACUACUAUUGAAAUUUGUGAGAUUAAAGCACUAUUGAUAUUUGAGUGAUUAAACUACUAUUGAUAUUUGGGAGAUUAAACUACUAUUGAUAUUUGGGAGAUUAAAGUACGUUAUGGUAUUUGUGAGAUUAAAGCACUAUUGAUAUUUGAGUGAUUAAAGUACUAUUAAUAUUUGAGUGAUUAGACUACUAUUGAAAUUUGUGAGAUUAAAGCACUAUUGAUAUUUGAGUGAUUAAACUACUAUUGAUAUUUGGGAGAUUAAACUAUUAUUAAUUGAUUUUUAAGAGAUUAAAGCACUAUUGCUAUUUGAGAGAUUAAAGUACGUUAUUAAAUUUGAGAGAUUACAGUACUAUUUUUACAUGAUUUUAAAAUAAAAUUUGAUAGAGAUGUAUGAUUACAUAUUUUCUAAAAAAAAAUAUAUUAAUCUGGUAAUGUGGAUUUGAUCACAAUGAUAGGUAAACGUUUAUUUAAGAGCUAAAUGGUUUAGUUAGGGUUAGGGUUGUGGUUAGGGCUAGGGUUAGGGUUAGAGUUAGGGCUGGAGUUAGGGCUAGGGUUAGGGUUAGCGUUAGAGUUUGGGUUAGAGUUAGGGUUAGAGUUAGGGUUAUGGUUAGUGUUAAAUAGCAUUCAGCAGUAAUUACUAAACAGAAAAGACAUAAGGAGUAUGUUUUUUUAUUUCAAAUGGAUUUUUGUUCCAUGUUCAGUCAUUAGGAUAAGAAUUUUUUUUUAAAUAUGUUAAAUACUGAUGUUAUAAAAAAAAAAAGUACAUGAUCGAGUUGCCCGUGAUCAUUUCUUUGUACAACUGAAAUCUGUUUUUUCAUUUCUAUUUUUCUAUUGUUGUUUUUGUUUCUCUUGUUUUAUUUUUUAUUUUUUUAUCAUCGUUGACCGUUGUUGUUGCCUGCUGCUGAUUUGUUGUUGUUUUUGUUGAUGUUGUUUAACGUUGUUGUCUGCUACAGGUGUUGAUGUUGUUGUCGUCGUUGAUCAUUGUUUUAGUCUGCUGCUGAUGGUGUCGCUUUUUCUCCCAGGAUAAUUUUUUUUUUCUUUAUAAGGUAAUUAUUUCGAUUGCAUACAUAAAAAUCCUCGCCCUUGUGUAAACCACUUAGCUUCAAGCAACCUUUAAUUCAUGCCGUUCAAUAAAUUUAAUGGACAAGAUUCAAGUGAACACUCACGCCAUCUAACUCUUUUUCCACCAAUUGACAGCAUUUAAAUAACAUUUCUUUUUAAAAUCAUUUGAUAAAAACACACUUGAAAGUGGCGAAGAACGUGGAUCCUUGUAACAGAAUACAUUACAAGGAUAUUCGCCGUUAAAUUAAAAAUUCUGACACGUUUCUGAGAGUCAUCUUAGCAUAUUAAAUAAAUGGCGGGAGAUGACCCGAAAGCAAUUGGGUUCAAAUAUGAAUGGCAGAUCUAUAACCAAUGUGACACGGCGCCCCCCCCCCCCCCAAUGACCCGAAAGCAAUUGGGUUCAAAUAUGAAUGGCAGAUCUAUAACCCAUGUGACCCGGCGCCCCCCCCCCCCCCAAAGAAAGUUGUCUGCCUUUUUUUAAAAUGAAAAUAUUGAAUUUUUUGUAAGCUAUUCUCUGCACACUGGGUAAUACUUAGCAAUCUCAAAUUCCUGUUCUCUUUUUUGUUUGUUUUUCAUCGCUAGUAUUAUACAAAGAACAUUCUGUUCUAUGUGUUGUUGAUUUUUUCUAAGGACUGGGGGCACUAGCCCAUAUUGCCCCUUUUGAAGUCACGACUGCAUAAAAAGAAUAAGGGGGUCGAGGGUAACCUAGUCACGUCGGAAUGGAUCAUCAACUUCAUUGGAUGGCGAAACACUCGGAAAAUAAUUCCAACAAAAAAACGAAUAAAAAAUUUUUUUUUUUUUUUUUUUUUUGUUCCCAACAGAAAUGAUUUCCCUCAUUUUUUAAAUGAACAGAGCCUUAAAUGAUGCAAAUUAAAUUCUCGUCCAAUAAACUUAAUUUCCUGUUGCCUUAUGUAGAAAAAAAUUCCAACAAAAAAACGAAUAAAAAAUUUUUUUUUUUUUUUUUUUUUGUUCCCAACAGAAAUGAUUUCCCUCAUUUUUUAAAUGAACAGUGCCUUAAAUGAUGCAAAUUAGAUUCUCGUCCAAUAAACUUGAUUUCCUGUUGCCUUAUGUUGCUAUGGGUGAUGUACGUAGCAACCGGAAGUCUCGUUAGUUGUGCGAGGUACGGAAAUAUUAAAAAAAAAUUUUACACAGCAAGUUACAUCCGGGGCUGUUAGUCUCUUUCCGACAACAUGCCAGGUAAACACAAUGAGAAUUGGGGCCAGUAAUUCGCACCCGGGUACCAUUAGACUAAACGCUAUCCGGAUGUCAUUUGUGGUAGUUUAUUUUAGUUAAACGGAAGAAGUAAGUUUACAAACAUAUAGUCCAUUCAAUUAUCUUUCAUUUGAUACCUCAUUUUGUCUUACAAACCCAACAAUAACAUUUAAAUAGUUUUUUGUUUUUUUAAUCCCAACCUCUCACUUCUUGUACCCGGGUACGAAUAGUCGCAGCCAAUUAAAACAGUUCAAGUUUUCUUAAUAUUUCAUUUUCGGGUGGGGUGGGGUGGGGUGUGAAAGUUAUUUUAUAAGGUAUUAGAUAACUUGGCCAGGUGAUUAGUCAGCAUGACAUUGUAGAUAUUUUCUGUUCGUUUUUUUUUUUUUUUUUUUUUUUUUUUUUUUUUUUUUUUUUUGUUUUUUUUUUUUUUUUUUUUUUUUUUUUUAUUUUUUUAAAUUUUGUUUUUUUUUUUUGUGUUUUUUUUUUUUGUUUUUUUUGUUUUUUUUUUUUUUUUUUUUUUUUUUUUUUUUUUUUGUUGUUUGUUUUGUUUCUUGUUGUUUUUUUUUUUGUUUUUGUUUUUUUUAAACUUUAGAAAAUUCUGACUGUUUUUUCUGAGUUUUUUCUUUCAAAGAAUUUGCCUGCUAAAAUUUCCUUUACUUCAAAUAUCAGCAUCGCACAUUAAAAUAUUUCUUAUCCUUGAUAGUUGAGUGGAUUUUUUUUACGGGGGGGGGGCGGGGGGUGUUUGGACAACAGUUACUUGAGACGAAAAUAACAUCGUCGAUUGAAAUUUCUUGAUCGUACCAUUUAAGAAAGGACUCGAGAAUCUAGACGACCACAAAUCUCUUCUCCCGAAAUCACAGCCUCCUUGACCGUCUGCGACCCGGUUACCACAGCGGGAUAGCCGGGUAACCAAUCCUUCAAUCAUCCAGUUGUCAUCUCCUCUCACCGGUCGUGGAGACUCGACGAGCCAUUUAGCCUCUUAGAGACGCGUGUCAGCAACACUUAAUCUAAUGAGCACUGGGCUCCCCGUGGCCAAGGGUGCGGCAAUGGGGCAGGGUAGCGGGCUGGUUUUGUGGUUGUUUUACAUGGAGCUCGCAUGUUAUCACACUAUUAGCAAUGUGGAUAAGGCACAGCGGAGCCCUGUCACUAACCGUCAGCACUGUGGAUAAAACCCAGUGGGGCCUUGUCACUGGCCGUCAACAGUGUGGAUAAGACAGUGGAACCUUGUCACCAGCUGUCAGCAGUGUGGAUAGGAUCCCCUAGGAUUCGUGUACUCUAUCAGCAGUGGGGAUAAGACCCAAUGGUGCCAUGUCAUUCUUAGCAUUGUGGAUAAGACCCUAUAAAUUCAUGUUUACUAUCCAGUAGUGUGGAUUUGGUGACAUGUUAUUUUCAGCAGUUCGGAUAAGACCUGAAGGACACAUGUACAGUAUACAGUUGGGAUAAGACCUGAUGGACACAUGUACACUAUACAGUUGGGAUAAGACCUGAUGGACACAUGUUCACUAUACAGUUGGGAUAAGACCUGAUGGACACUGUACACUAUACAGUUGGGAUAAGACCUGAUGGACACAUGUACACUAUACAGUUGGGAUAAGACCUGAUGGACACAUGUUCAUGAAUUAUCAACAAUGUAUCAGCUUUUAAUAAUUGCAUUCAACUUCCUAUAUAUUCUGAACAAUGAACACAUCAAGCACAAUUCUCUUCAUCUACUUUGAAAUUAUUUCUUUGUUAAAAUUCACUGAAAUCUUAAGCGGAGUGUUUCAAACUAGACAUUUUAAGAACACAUUUGAUGGGGUAUCAAAGCCACCGACAGAUUGGCAAACUUUUUGUGGGAAGGAACGUUCUAUCUCGCUUUGUGCCUGGCCAAAAGCCGGGAAAAAUCGUUGCAACAAAUGAGGCGCGGGGACCCGCAAGAUCAGGAGACUUGCAAGGUCAGGAGACCUGCAAGUUCAGGAUAUCCGCAAGGUAUGGAGACUUGCAAGGUCAUGAGAUCCGCAAGGUCAGGAGAUCUACAAGGGCAGACUUCGAAGGUACUACCCAAGUAUAGCAGGAGAUGGGGGUGGGGGGGGGAGUUCCAGUAUUACUGGCCAUUUUUUUUUAAAAAACUACGCAAAUGUAACCUGGUUAGGAAGAUUGGAUGAUUCCCGUGAAGAUACGAGAAUAUACGCGAAGGUAAGAGAAGUCACGAAAAGCUACGAGAAGUUACGAGAAGGUAUGAGAAGAUACAAAAAAGGUAAGAGAUGAUACGAGAAUAUUGAGGAAGGUACGAGAUGAUACGAGAAGGUACGAGAAUCAUUCCUUAAACCGUUUAAAGCAGCACGCUCACCAAUGUCGGCACGUGUUGGCGUUGUGUAGGUUUGAAAACAAAAACCAAAAAAAUGAAGAUGCCCAUAAAUUUGUGAUUAGAAACUGGUCGAUAUUCAUCAGUGAUCAUGAAGAUCGAACAUUUUCUACAAAAAAAAAAAAAAGAUCAAUGACUUUCGAACUUCUUUAACUGCAAUGUUCUAACUUGAGUCAUUUGUCCUAGUCUGAGUCAUUUGUUCUAGUUUGAUUCAUGUGUUCUAUCUUGAGUCAUUUGUUCUGGCGUGAGUAAAUUGUUCUAGCUUGAGCCAUUUGUUCUAGCUUGAGACAUUUGUUCUAGCUUGGGACAUGUGUUCUAGCUUGAGACAUGUGUUCUAGCGUAAGUCGAUUGUUCUUGCGUGAGUCAUUUGAUCUAGAGUGAGACAUUUGUUAUGGCUUGAUUCAUGUGUUCUAGCCAGAGACAUUUGUUCUAGUUUGAGUCAUUUGGUCUAGUUUGAGACAUUUGUUCUGCUUGAGUCAUUUCACUGAAUCUCUUUUCUUUUCCUAAAAACUCGAUGCAAAUUUUGGCCAUGAUUCAUGAACAUAACCACUUUAUAUUUUAAAUAUGCAAUUAUUUGCAAUGUCAUAUACGUAUCUGUCGUGGCAAGGGGCUAUACCAGGGGUCGGCAACUCGCGGCUCGCGAGCCGCAUUGCGGCUUUUUAGCGACCUGAGUGCGGUUCGGCCAGUCGGCCACAAAUCGGUUUUGACUCCGAAAAACAUGGUUCUUGAAAAGAAAUUUGGCUCACAAAAAUUGUUAAUCGUCCUGCUGUUGAUUUUUGGCUCUAUUGGCUCAUGAGUUUGCCGACGACUGGGCUAUACCAAAAAUAUUUUUAUUUUUUUUCAACUCAUCCAGUUGAAUCAAAUUGGUAUUAGGUUAGAAAGGUUUUAUCUUCGACGAGAAAAGAACCCGAGACCUCAUUGGAAUUAUAAAUAUAGAGUGAUUAAAAUUUGAAGAAAUAAAGUGUGGGUUUUUUUUCUUUAAUAUUUACUGUCUAAAAUUUGUGUAAGAUAUUUGAAAAGAGAUCAAUUACAAACGUGAAGCACGCGGCUGCCGACACCAGCCUUACGCCUAUGGGGCGUACAAUUCUAGGUCCACCAUACUCAUCAGCUAACAGUGAAGCAGACCAAUAACUCACCGUCUUCCCAACACAUAACCCCCACCCCCUCCCCCCCCCCGCCCCCAACCCCCAACCCUCAUCGGCGCUAACACCUCGGCCAGAUUAAACGACGCUGGGAGGCGUUGUCAUGACAACGGCGCCAUGAUACACCGUCUUCCCAACCCCUCACCCCCACCCCCUCCCCCCCCCCGCCCCCAACCCCCAACCCUCAUCGGCGCUAACACCUCGGCCAGAUUAAACGACGCUGGGAGGCGUUGUCAUGACAACGGCGCCAUGAUGUGACGUCAUUGGCAUGACACGAGGGAGACAAAUGCUGAGAUGAACGCUCUGGAUAAGAAGAAACCAUUGGCUUCUCUCCCCCCUCGGGAAUCUGGCGGCAAAGAUACCAGAGACGCGGUCCGCAUAACGUAAAUCAAGAUGAAGAAGUUACUUUGGAAUAUUAUACGCUUUCCCCGCCCGUUCCUUUACUUUUCUUGGCACCAAAUAAACAACUGGUGGCAUCUAUUUCACUUUUCUUUUCAGACAUUUAGACUUGAAAAACACAUACUUUAGCGAGUGACAGAGGUGUGGCUUGAAAAAGUGUGGGGGGGGGGGCGGCGCAGAUGGGAAAGGUGUCCCCGGGCGCCAGGCUAGAAUGUGGCGAAAAAAUUGGCUUUAAUGGUAUUUUAUUGAUGAAAAUAAUAGGUUUUGGGGUGAAGGGGUGCGUAAAAUGAAUAUUUUCGUCGGGCCCAAAACUCCCUUGAUGCGUAGAUGUUUUUCUGAAUGAAUCUUAAAUGGCUGAUGAUGUCAUUAAAACUGUAUUUCUAAUCGUAUACGUGGUCUAAAGAGUAAAGUUUGUGUUAUAAAAAAAAUAAUAAUACAGAUGAAAAUGACAAGUAAAAAGAGCAAAAUGAAGAGGGAGAUCACGUCAAGAUGGGUUUCAGCUUCCAUGAUCACGUCAAGAUGGGUUUCAGCUUCCAUGAUCACGUUCAGAUGGGCUUCAGCUACUAUGAUCACGUUCAGAUGGGCUUCAGCUACUAUGAUCACACUGAGAAUGAAGACACUCUAAAUAUAUGAAGAAACCGCAGACAACGAAAUAACCUUCCAUAGUAGUGCACAGGACACAGCAUAAAGCUUUGAAGAAGUGCACAGGACACAUCAUAAAGCUCUGAAGAAGUGCACAGGACACAUCAUAAACAUUUCAAGACAAUGCACAGGACACAUCCUAACCUUUCAAACAUAUCGUAACCUGUGUAGUGCACAGCUAAAACUGCUUUCAACUGAGCCCCACCCAUAUGACCACUGGUAUGGGAGGGGGAAAUGAGGGGUGGUCUCCCCAAGGGGGGACGAAAAUAUUUUUGUGAAAAAGUAGUUUUUUAGAACCAAAGCAAAGGGGGGUUUUCACUGAAAGGAGGGCGGGCAGUGGCGUGGAAAGGGGUGCGGGGGUGCUUGUCCGCCCCGCACGGCACUUUUUUUCUUCAUAUUGAGAAACGGCAUUUUCGGCAAGCCAGGGGUGUUUUUCGUGGGAGGAGCGGGCAAAAAGCUUUCCCCGGCCGGCACUAACCCUUGAUACGCCACUGGAGGAGGGAGCAAAAUCCUUGGCCCGUCCCAGGCGGCACUUACUCUAUCUACGCCACUGCAAUGGACAGAGAAGUCAAAAAUGAUUCAACGAAGCAGAGUUGGAGAAGCCCUGAGACUCAACUUAAACUAAUAGAUUACUGGUUUAGUGCUUAGCAUUAAAUCAAAUGGAAAAAAAUCUAAAACAUUGUUUAAUGUUUCGUUUUCAAUAUAGAAACCUGAAGUUUCUAUCACAGCAAUAUUACUGAUGGCCAACUCUUGUCCACUUCAGUGUGAAUAUUUAUCUCUUCGUCGACAGGUGAGGUCGGUAAAGAGAUGUACAUUGUCAACAGAGGUCGUCUCCAUGUUGUGGCUGACAAUGGGAAGACUGUCCUGGCAACUCUGAAACCUGGUAAUGUCUUCUUUUUUUUUUUUCUUAAUCCUUUUAGUUAAAAGUUAAAUUAUACAAUUUCAAUAGUGAAAUGCUUUUACUUUCCUUAAAACUGACAGGCAAAUCUAUGGACGUACAGAUUGUUUAUUUAUAAUUGCGAGAAAAUUGUCCCUAAAUGCAUUCAAACAGUGAACGUAUUAAUGUAAAUAUCUUUGAAUGCUACUACUCACGGAUACCCACCUGAGAGUUUGCCUUGGAGCAAGUGAAAAGCGACAGAAAGUGGGCGUUAGCCGUAUCAAAACUCAUACAAUAAACUCAGAUAAUUGUGCUGUCUACGGUUCAUGUUUUCAUUUUGCGAUAAUAAUAAUCCUUGCCAUGGUACAUACAUUAAUAAUAAUCCUUGCCAUGGUACAUACUAUAAUAAUAAUCCUUGCCAUGGUACAUACUAUAAUAAUAAUCCUUGCCAUGGUACAUACAUUAAUAAUAAUCCUUGCCAUGGUACAUACUAUAAUAAUAAUCCUUGCCAUGGUACAUACAUUAAUAAUAAUCCUUGCCAUGGUACAUACAUUGUUCGGAGACGUCAAAACAACAUAGGAGAAUUUUUUUCCCGUAUUUUUUUUUUUUUAUCCAUGGAUUGGCGAAGAAUUCAGUUCUCAUAUGUUCACUACUGUACACUGACAAGGAGUCUGGAAAGAGAUCAAAAUCAUCUUAAAUAGUGUAUAAAACUCUUUUACGUUCACGUCCAUGCACUUGAAGUUAUUUAAAUUUUUCAUUAGUUCACCACCUCCGUGCACUGGUGUUAACUUGAGUUUUAAAAAAACGGAAACUAAAUUCUUUACGUUUAUUUUUAUGGAUUUUUUUUUUUUAUUAUUAUUAUUUUUUUAUUUUUUUUGUCUGUGUUUCGGAUUUAAUUUAUUUAUUUUUAUUUUUUUUUUUUGCUGACUGUUGCAUCGCGGUUGUUUUUUCUGAGCUUCAGUCAUUCAAAGAAACCAGUUCCGUACGCUAGGUCAAUAAUUGUUCACCCUACGUGUCACCAGGCAGUUAUUUCGGGGAGAUCAGCAUUCUAAAUAUGGGAACAGCUGGGAACCGACGCACGGCAAGUGUCCGAUCGGUCGGCUACUCGGACCUGUUCUGUCUGUCCAAGAAGGACUUGUGGGAUGUUCUCAAGGAGUACCCC